ACAGCACCAAGUUUAAUCUCAAUGCCAGGAUAUUUCAACAGAAGAAGAAACAAAAUCAUGAACGAAGGUUCAGUGUUUGCAUACUUCAGCCAAUAAUGUAAUUUCGGAGUAAAUGUGAAGUAUUAAUAUUUACAAUGUCUGAAGUUGCGGCUGACGAAAUGUCCGUGUUGUCUGCGAUAUACUGCGGAAAGGACGAGUUUGAACUGUUGGAAGAAUCAGCUGAUAAAGGAUUUGUGUUCCGCGUAAAACUUUUGGUGGAGGGAAUUCCUUUAAACAUUAUUUUCCAUCUGUCCCCGGAGUAUCCGCGGUGCCUACCAGUUAUCAGCGUCAGUUCCGAAGACUUGUCCCGACACCAGUGUCAGUCAAUAAAGGAGAGUUUGAUUAAGAAGGCGGUGGAGUUACAACCGGAUCCAAUGGUUCACGAACUACUUUCAUGGUUUAAGGAGAACUCUUCAGGCUUUAUGACGGUAGCAACCAUAGCACCGACACAAAAAGAUGAACAGGGCACAUGGGUUGCUCUGUUGCAUUUGGACCACAUGAGGGCAAAGACUAAAUAUGUUAAACUCAUUGAAAAAUUUACUUCAGAGUUGGACCUAACCGGAAGACUCUUCUUAGGGAGAAUCAUAUUAAUUCUCCUACAAGGAGCAAGAGAAAACAUUAAGGAGUAUCUACAUUUACAGAAAACAGCAAAGGUGGAUGUGGAUUCAUCUGGUAAAAGAUGCAAGGAGAAAAUGAUGAGAGUCCUCUGUGAAACUCCUCUUUCAGACGGCCUCCAACAGUUACCCACAUUUGAUGUGAAAGAAUUUUCAACUCUUGAAGAUCUCAAAACAGAAUUUCAAGCAAUCGGUUUCAAAAUGAUGUAUGAGGAGUUUGUACCCUCAUUACUAUAACAUGUUAACAUCACUUCUUUAUGUCUGUAUGGGUUUGAUACUGAUCCCUAUGGUGCAUAGAUCUAUCCUCUCCAUUUGUAUUUGGAGAAGAAUUACAACAAUAAACCACAUUUCAGAAA